CAUGAGCCAGGAGCGGCUGCAGCGGGUCCGCGAUCGGGUCCGGCCCUUCCCCGACUUCCCGGUGCCCGGCGUGCUGUUCCGCGACAUCAGCCCUUUGCUGAAGGAUCCUGCAGCUUUCAGGGCUUUGAUUGAUCUCCUGGAAGAUCAUUUGAGGGCAUCUUUCCCCAAAAUCGACUUAAUUGCAGGCCUGGACUCCCGUGGCUUUCUCAUAGGCCCCUCCCUGGCUCAGAGACUGGGAAUUGGCUUCGUGAUGUUACGGAAAAAGGGAAAACUUCCCGGGCCGACCAAGUCGGUCUCCUAUGCCCUUGAGUAUAGCAAGGCUGAACUUGAAAUCCAGCUUGAUGCCGUGGAACCAGGACAAAAAGUAGUUAUUGUAGAUGACUUGAUUGCAACUGGAGGUACCAUGUGUGCAGCCUGCGAGCUGAUGCAGGGGCUGAAGGCUGAAAUCCUGGAGUGCCUGGUGAUCAUUGAGUUAAAGCUCCUGAAAGGGUCAGAAAAGCUCAAGUCCAUCCCUUUCUACUCCCUGCUGCAGUACGACUGAGGAGGAGCUGGGAGAAGGGAACACACCCCGUGAGCUGUGCAUGAGUUUGGGUUUUAUUCAGUGGCUUUAAAUAUCAC